UUUUAAAACAUUGCGCUGUUGAGCUGGAGAAGUUGCUAGAGAGUUAGAGAGCCCUUCGAGCGUUGGAGCUGCGACCAUGUCUGCAAAUUCAAUAUCGUCUUGUUCCUUUCGAUUAUUCACUUGUUCCAUGAUCCCACACACUCGUCUUUGUCAAACCCUCUUCUUGCAAUCUUCCUCUUACAAGCUUUCCUUCUUCAAACCCAUCACCCUCGAGAGAAUCCCUACGAAGCCGUUGGCCACCCCGCCGUCAACAGCUUCGACCUCUGCUUCUCUGCAACCCAUUGAGGAGCUUCCUCCCAAGCUUCAGGAAAUCGUCAAGCUUUUCCAGUCUGUGCAGGAACCUAGGGCCAAGUAUCAGCAGCUCUUGUUCUAUGGAAAAAAUCUCAAACCCCUCGAAGCGCAGUUCAAGACCAGGGAGAACAAGGUCGAAGGAUGUGUCUCCCAGGUUUGGGUGAGAGCCUUCCUGAACCAAGACAAGAAUGUCGUCUACGAAGCCGAUUCGGAUUCCGAUCUUACUAAGGGGCUUGCCGCUUUGCUCGUUCAAGGGCUUUCUGGUCGACCAGUUGCCGAGGUCGUUAGGAUUUCUCCAGAUUUUGUCGUGCAUCUGGGGCUACAGCAGAGUUUGACUCCUUCCAGGAAUAAUGGGUUUUUGAAUAUGUUGAAAUUGAUGCAGAAAAAGGCGCUUACAUUGUAUAUAGAAGCUGAAAAGGGUGGCGAAAUGAACCCAAAUUCAAAUUCUCAGUUGGAAAGUGAAAGUUCUGUUGAGAAUUCAGGGAAAGGAGAAAAUCCUAUCGGUUCUGUGCGCUCAAACGGUGGAUGGAGUUCUGAAGUUGAUGGUAAUAAGUCAGAGUCACGCAAGAAUUCCCCAGAUGUUACUGAAUCGAAUGCUGGUAUUCUGGGAAGCAGGGGAAGGAGGAUCAAGGAAAAGUUGGAGAAGCAACUUAGUCCUGUUGAAUUACAAGUUGAAGAUGUCUCUUACCAGCAUGCAGGGCAUGCUGGUGCUAGGGGAAGUGAUGGGGAAACCCACUUCAAUCUUAGAGUUACAUCUAAAGAAUUUGAGGGAAAGAGUUUAAUUAAGAGGCAUAGGCUUAUUUAUAACCUAUUGGAAGAGGAAUUGCAGUCUGGGCUUCAUGCUUUGUCAAUUGAGGCAAAGACACCAUCUGAAGUCAAUAUAGGAUGAAAAUUAUUUGUGUAGGAAAAGGUGGUCAAAUUUUUUCCGUUCUUCUACUACUCUGGGCAAUGUUCUCAUUUUGUUUAUUGUACACAAAAAGAAAGGUAGUUAUAUUUGUUAAAAUGCUUACUGAGGCUUCAACAGUCUGCUUUUAUUACAAUGAUUUGUAGAA